GUAGCUAUAGCAAUAUCAAAAGCCAAAAUGAAUAGCGUAGCCGGUGGUUCGCAGGAUAAAAAUGAAAUUCUUGUAAAAACAGAAGAUGAGGAAUACGUUUUGAAGGGUAGACCUUGUGAAUUAUCGGCCUUUUCAUAUAUUCCACCGGAAAGACAUCUGCCUAAAGAACGCACUUACUUCAAUUUGGACAAGAAAGAAAGAUACAAAAGUUCUACCUAUGAUAGAUUGUACCUUAAGAAUUUCUCAUUUGAACAAGCCCUGCACAGAGAUGAUAGAGAACACGCAAAAUCAAAGGGAUUGCGAGUAAACGACGAAGAUACUGCAAAGAGCAUCCCUGCUCUCUCAUCAUCAGUUUACGGCCACAGGAAACAACCAGAUCUCGAUCCUCCUGAUCGUCAACAUUAUAGAGUAAAAACCUAUUAUAGACCAUAUCAGGAUACCAGACAACUGUUUACGCUGUCCAGACUAGUGGGCGAUAAAACAAACAUGGAGACGGAUCCUGAGCUUGCGGAACUAAUAGAUCCAUCAGAGUAUGGGAUUUUUGACACGAUACUCCACUACAGUCUUCUUUUGGGAGCAGUUUUUCAAUUAUUCUGUAUACUUGCAGUAGUAUUUUACGCACCUUCAGAAAACGAUGAUCACCCUAACGAAAUCGAAGAACCUAAUGGUGUGAAAGAAACUCCCAAAUCUCAAGGAUCUCUACAAAGUGCUAAAAAGCAAAAGCUAAACGAAAAGAAGAAAAGAAAAUAG